AUGUCGAAAGAUUUAGAUCCAACUGGUGGUAUGUUCAGUGGACCAAAAGAUACAAUGGUGGAAAAGAUUAAAGGACCUGGUAAACCAGAUUCUCAAACAUCUGCUCCACCAGGUGCUAAAACUGAUAUCAUCAAUCCACAACAACCACCUGAACCGAAUCGCGAUCAUGCACCAAAGAUUGACUUUCAAAGAGAGUCAUUACCAGGACAAGGACCGCAAACGGGUGGUUUACUUUGA